AAAACGUCGACUGGUGAAACGUCUUGUCUGGUGAAAACGACGGAGUUUCAUGUGGAACAUCCUCACCGAUCUAACGGAUAUCUGCAAUUGUAAUCUCUUAUAUCACGCUGAUAGUCUGUUUAAUCAUGCCCAAGUACUUGAAGACUCAACAUGAGAAUGGAAGAAAAUUUCAUGGACGGAAAACAGUUUUAAAUUCCUUGACAAGUGAAGUGUUUGCUGCUCGAUACAACGAAUUGAUUGAGCUAAAUACGCAGCUUGUGACCAAUUUCAGAAUCUCUUCAAGUCUUCAAUCUAGAUGGAGAAAGUCCAAUAGGACAGAAACAAAUAAAAUCGAGGAACAAGCAAUAUCAAAUUCUUCAAAAGCCAUACAAGAUAACAUGACACAUUCUAUGGAAUUUCCGAGCAGAUUGAAGGAGAAGAACACGAAUAAUACUAUAGAAAAGUCUGAAGAUACCACAAAAGAGGAAACAAAAAGUGACAGAACUGUAACAGUGUCAACUGAUGACAAAUGCAGGACUAAAAAUUUAGUUAAGAAUCAGACUGAUACUGAUGAUAGAUUGAGAAGAGAAAACAAGACAGAAACGCAAAUAAUAGCAAAAAUAGAAAACAAAUUUGAUAUAGAAAAUGAACAAUGUAAUGGAAAGAUAAGCAAUGAAAAUAAAAAAAAAAGAAAGGCAAGGAAUGCUGGCAAGACAAAGAAGCUAUUUUCGGAUCAUAUACCUGUAUCAAAAAUGAAGAAUAUUUUAAAAAAACGACAUUCUGAUGAAGAAUAUGUAAUAGGGAAUCUUCGUAUAAAUCCUUCUUUUUACAAAUUUGCUUAUUUACGUUUGGAAAAUGAUGAACGUGACCUAUUAAUUGUUGGUACAGCAAAUAGAAAUCGUGCUUUUGAAGGAGAUUUAGUUGUGGCAUGCGUACAUCCAGAACAAUCUUGGCAUAAAUUCCCUGAUGGACAAAUACAAAAGACUGGUAAAAUUGUUUGUAUAUUAGAGAAAGUGCACUCGAGAAAAGCAGUCGGAUUUUUAAAGAAACAAGAUUCACUCCUGAUGUUUUAUCCAAGAGAUCAGAGAGUACCGUUAGUCAACAUACUCCCUGAAUCAGUGCCAUCUUUCUAUUACGAUCGAGCAGAUCUCUGCAAUAUAAUGUUUCUUGUUGUUAUUGAUUUCUGGGAAAAGAUAUAUGCAUCUGGACGAGUUAUUUCGGUAGUAGGUAAAGCUGGCGAAAUAGAUACAGAAUUACAAGCGAUAAUACUCGAAAAUAAUAUAGAUAUAUCUCCGUAUCAAGAAACAUUGUUGGAGGGACUACCAGAUAGCAAUUAUAUUUUAACAGACAUUGACAUGAAAAAUAGAGAGGACUGGAGACACGAAUGCAUUUUCACGAUAGAUCCUGCAACAGCUGUAGAUAUAGACGAUGCCGUUUCUUGUAAAGAUUUGGAUAAUGGAAACUACGAAAUUGCGGUACAUAUAUCGGAUGUCACACAUUACUUAAAAUUUUUCUCCCCGUUAGAUAAGGAAGUUUCGAAACGAGCCACAAGCGUUUAUUUACCACACAUGACUUAUCAUAUGCUACCAGAGAAACUAUGCAAAGUGUGUUCCUUACUACCCGGUAAAGAUAGAUUAGCUUUUUCUGUAAUUUGGGAAAUAACGCCAAAUGCCGAAAUUGUGAAGCAUCGUUUCGCUAGGACUGUAAUAAGAUCGUGUUGUCAAAUGUCCUACGAAUCGGCUCAAGCCAUGAUCGACAAUCCGGGAAAGUCUUGGCCAAAAGACUUCCUCGACAUAAAGGCGGAUUAUACCGCAUCGUUAUUGUCCGAUAUAGUGAAUAAAUUAUUUAAAUUGUCCACUCAAUUGCGAAGAAAACGUUUCGUUAACGGUGCACUUAAAUUAGAUCAACCAAAAUUACAAAUAUGCAUAGACACUAGACUCAGUCAAGACUAUGGAAUGCCGAUACCUAUAAACUAUUAUUUAUAUGAAGUAAAAGAUAGCAACAGUCUUAUAGAAGAAUUUAUGCUGUUGGCAAAUAUGACUGUCGCUACACAAUUAUAUAUCGCAAUUCCACAAACAGCUUUAUUACGUAUUCAUAAAAAUCCGUCCAAGCACAGUCUCAAUACAAUACAGAAUAUAAUGCAAAAGUAUGGAAUUCAUUUAGAUAUUGAAACAGCCGGAGCCUUGCAGGCCAGCAUCCAACGCUAUAAUCUAGAAAAUGAUUCUGUCACAGUCGAUGCCAUGAAAUAUAUUAUGUUGGUUAUCAUAAAUCUCUGUUCGAAGUCUAUGCUACGUGCAGAAUAUAUAUGCGCGUCUACUAUUCCGGUGCAAGAUUUAAAACAUUAUGCGCUAAAUGUACCUCUUUACACACACUUUACCUCUCCUAUUCGAAGGUAUUCUGAUUGUAUAGUUCAUCGUUUGCUCAGUGCAACUCUUGAGAAUAAACCUUUACCAAGUAAAUGGACAGCCAAAUUGUGUUCCAUGAUUGCAGCCAAUUGUAAUGUGAAGAAAUAUAGCGCGAAACAAGCUCAAGAACAAAGCACGGAGUUGUUUUUCGCAUACAUGGUAGGCCUUGCGGGUAAUUUUGAAGCGGCAGCUACUGUGAUGAAUGUGAAGGAAGAUACAUUAGAUGUUAUUCUCUGUGAUGCUGGGAUAAAACUAAAAAUAAAUCUUAAAGACAUAGAAUACAUCGCUUCGUUGAAGUAUUCUAUAGAUUAUGUACCAACUAUGACUGUUAAUUGGAAGAAACCUCCUAUUAUACAGGUAAUCAAUUUGUUUAGUUUGAUACGUGUACAAGUAACAAAAAUUGAUGAAGAAUUGCGCUUGAAAGCGAUUCUUCUACCACCGACGCAGUAAUAGAUAGAAAUUUAAAACAUUUUUGUUUUAACAAUAAUCGACUAUUUAUAUGAUUUGACGGAAUCUUUAUAAUGUAUGACGAAGAUUUUCUAACAUCAUUUUAAAAAUUUUUAGGAGUAUUCAUGUAUAUAUGUACAUGGAGAAACGUUAUCUUUAUAAAUAUGGAGGAUCACAAAUUAUAAUUAGUAAAAAUGCAAUGUCACUGCACUAAGAUCGGUGUUCAUAGUCAUUUCUUAUAUUUAAGACUCUUAAGUAUCUAUUUAAGAUGUCACAAAUACAGAUACAAAGCUAUAUCACCAUCUUAAAACGGUCUUGAAAAUAAGAAACUACUGGACUAUAAAUACAGCCAA